CACCAUCAGCAUUAGAGUGUAUUAAAAAAAUGCUGCACUUCGAAAAUCUAUUGAAAGUUAAGUAGAUCAUCAGAGACAGGGAAGAGGUUAGAGGUCAGGAGCAUUCAAGCGAAUCACCCACAUAUAAUGUGGCAAAUUGUACUGGAAUAGACAGCAAAGAAGAUGGAGAAAGGCGGUUCCCAAGGUGUUGUGAACCCGGCGUUUGAAGGCGUUGAAGUGGGGCAAGUGUCAGUGGUGGACAAAAAUGGAAAGCUUCCAACAAAAGAAGACACGACUGACGCAGUGGACACAAGAAUCGGAUGGGGAUCCUGCAAACCAAAAUGUUUGCAGUUUCUUAACAAGAUGGUCCUAUUCGUUCUGUGGGUCUUCAUCUUAUGUUUCCUGGAGGGGUUUGCUGUGAAUGGUAUUGCUAAUGCAGGUCUACCCGCCAUUGAGAAACACUUUAGUAUUUCCUCCACCAAAUCAUCAGUUGUUGCCAGCUCGCAAGAUUUUGGUGCCUUAGCGGUGGUUUUAUUCGUCAGUUUUAUCGGUGCCAGACUGCAUAAACCCCGUUUUGUUGCCUGUGGGUCUGUGAUAAUGGCCAUAGGUUCUUUUCUCUUCAUUGUGCCACAUCUGGUGCAAGAAUAUAAAUUUGGAGGUGCCUCGGGCCCAAAAACAACUAGUGUCUGCAAUGGUACAAGAGGCGCUUCAGCGGGCCCUGCCGGGGACUGUGAUUCCCCGGGAGACAGGUUUAUACCGGCCCUGGUAAUUGCCCAAAUGAUACACGGGGUGGGAUUUUCUCCGAUGUUUACCCUCGGACUGGUCUACAUAGAGGAGAAUGAAGACCCCUCUCUAGCAGCCGUCUACAUAGGACUGACGUACGCCGCUGCAGCCAUUGGUGUUGCUGCCGGCUUCUUCGUUGGAGGCCAGAUCCUGCAAAAUAUUUACGUCGACUUUGACAGAGUUGAUGUAGAUUUUGAUGCCAAAGAUCCUCGGUGGGUCGGAGCAUGGUGGUUUGGAUUUAUUUUUACCGCCAUCUUAUUCGUUUUGAUCGCCAUUCCUAUUUCACUUUACCCCAAAUCAAUGCCAGGAAGUAGAAAAUACAAAGAUGACAACAAGCCGAAAAACUCGGAUGAUGACAGACUGACACUGUGUCAACUGGCAGUAAAAGUUUUCAAACUAUUCUUCAAGACUUUCCUGAUAUUGCUAAAAAAUCCUGUCUUCAUGUUGUUGAAUUUGGCUGGGAGUGCGCAGACUCUCAUUAUUGCAGGAGUAGGAGCAUUCUCAUUUAAAUUCCUCACAGAGCAGUACAAUCUGGACUUUGAUACCUCAGGAUAUCUAAUAGGAGGUCUGAUAUUGACUGGGUCAUUUGGAAUGUUUCUUGGUGGUCUUCUGGUAAAGCUCUUUAAGUUGGAGACGCUAGGAAUGACCAGACUCUGUGCUUUAUCAGCCUUCUUAGGCGGUAUUUUCGGAAUAGCCUUCUUAGCUGGCUGCCCGGAAGUUCAAAUGGUAGGACUAGAAGUGUCUUACCCAGGACGCAGUACAAUUGAUGGUUAUGCAGAUGCUUGCCACGCAAACUGCGAUUGUGAAAAUCAGGGUUUUUCAACAGUUUGUGGAGCGGAUCAAAGAGUUUAUUAUUCUCCUUGCCAUGCUGGAUGCAAGUCAAGUUUAGGAAUGGGUCCUAUGACGACUUAUAGCAACUGUAGCUGUAUAGAGGGCGCGGCGACAGCCAGGUCUGGACGAUGUGAGGACAACUGUACCCAGCUUUCUGUUCUAGCUCCUUGUAUGUUUAUAGCCAUGGUAUCUGUUCUCACAGCGGUUACACCAACGUCAAUGGCGACAAUGCGGUGUGUUGACGAUCAAGAUAAGCCAUUUGCUCUCGGUAUACAGUGGGUAUUUGUGAGACUAUUAGGUAUGAUUCCGGGCCCUGUUUUGGUUGGUUGGGUCCUGGACCAGUCCUGUUUGUUAUGGUCUGGUGGUUCCUGUGGCUCCUCAGGCUCUUGUCUCCUGUACAGUCACGACAAGAUGGCGGUGGGAGUCAUGCUGUGGUGGGUGCUUGUGUCCUUGGUUGCAUCUGUCCUUUUCUUUAUUGCUUCAGUAUGUGUUGUUUGUAGAAACUCUUCUAAUUCUUUUGAUCUAAAACCUGAAGCGUCAUAGAUGGCAUUGCACAUUAUGUUUUUGUAUACUGUUUACUACCAUGUUUAUAACUGUUUGAUCGUAUACUCCGCCAAAUGCCUCUUUUGUGUUUUUUAGUGCUUCAUUCUGUUUUACUUUUAAACUCCUAAAGAGGUAUCUGGUCAAUUUAUCCACCAUUGAAGUUUUAAUUCACAGUACAUGCAAAGGAGAUUGUAAAUGUUAUUAAUAUUUUGUAAAAAUUUAUACUCUAUCUUCGUGUUAUUUUUGUUUUACCAUUUAAUUCAUAGAUUUCAUAAUUAUGCUUCAUUCAAUGAAUCAAAGAUUUUAUGGCACUUUUUACGUUUGAUACUAUUCCAGUUAUUUUUUAGUGUUACAAAGAUUUAGUCAGUUUUAUUAUGUAUAGCAGUUUUAAAUGUAUAUACACUU